CUUCUUGAAUCCAUGACUAAGAUGCUAAGCGGAGAUAAGAGGGGAUGGAGAAUACCCUCAUCGUCAGAUACCGAAAGCUCCUUAUGCAAGCCGAAUUUAAUGUUUUGUUGAAGCACAUCGCUACUGAUCCAGGUUUCAUAAUUCAUUUGUCCAUCACGUCAAGGUCUCCUGUAUAGAUAUGUUAAUUGCAGAAGCCAUUGACAGAUUGACCGACACAAUCCAUAUGCGAGAUUUCUAGUAUUUGUUUCUUUACCAACAUUCUUUAGAUGUAUGUCUCCUGGUCUGUGCUCUGCAGAGUGUACUGGUAUACGAACAAAUACCUUCGCAAGAGAAAAACGUCCAGAGUCCAGACGCCUAUACUACUAAAUUUGCAGGUAAUAGUAGAAGGGAUGAUAAAUAUCACCAUCACUCCAUGUCUUUCUCAACGUACUAAUUCAUAAGUUGAACCUAAGAAGCAUUCGGUAUCUCUUUCGUCUUUCCUUCAUGGUUCCUUUUGAAAAUUUGAUGGAUAAUGAAGGGUAAAAGCGUCUUUUGACGGACACACGGUAUAUUUAAGUUCGGUCACAAGCCUCAGGUUGUGUGAAUUGUCAAAACACCUUCAAACCCACUGCUCGACAUUUUAAAAUCUUGUUAGGAGCGAGCGUAGAAAAAAUGGCGGGGAUGGGAGAUGGGUAUGUGGGCACCGCCCAAGAUGCAGUGAGGAUAAGGAGGUUGGAGAAACAAAGAGAAGUGGAGAGGAGGAAGAUCCAAGAACUCAAGAACAAGUCUGCUUCUGCAGGUGGCCAGACCGGUCUCCUCCAAUUUGGCUCCGGUACUUCCGAGAUACUUGAGACUGCAUUUAAAAAGGAGACUGUUGGGCUUGUUACAAGAGAGCAAUAUGUUGAGAAGAGGGUUAAUAUUCGUAACAAGUUUGAGGAAGAAGAGAAGGAGAAACUUCAGAAGUUGCAGCAAGAAGAGGAAGAGCUUCAAUUGCAGAAACGUCAGAAGAGGAAGAUAAGAGGGAAUCCACGCCUAUCUUUUGCUGAUGAUAUUGAGAAUGGAAGUGAUGAGGAAAAUGGGGAGAAUAAAACUCAAGAGUCUAAGAAGUUUAGGUGUGGGCAACUCGGGAAAGAUCCAACUGUGGAGACAAGCUUUUUGCCAGACAGUGAGAGAGAAGCAGAGGAACAAGCAGAGCGAGAAAGGUUGCGGAAGCAAUGGCUUCGUGAGCAGGAACAGAUUCGAAAUGAACCCCUUGAAAUUACUUACAGCUACUGGGAUGGAGCAGGCCAUAGGCGAGUAAUCCAGGUACGCAAAGGUGAUACUAUUGGAGAGUUUCUCCGGGCUGUUCAGCAGCAACUUGCACCAGAGUUUCGAGAGGUCCGAACAACCUCGGUGGAGAAUUUGCUUUAUGUUAAGGAAGAUUUGAUCAUCCCUCAUCAACACAGUUUUUAUGAACUUAUCAUCAACAAAGCAAGGGGCAAAAGUGGACCGCUUUUCCAUUUUGAUGUACACGAGGAUGUGCGUACAAUUGCUGAUGCAACAAUAGAGAAGGAUGAGUCCCAUGCUGGGAAAGUUGUCGAGAGGCAUUGGUAUGAGAAGAACAAGCACAUCUUCCCUGCUUCAAGAUGGGAGAUAUAUGACCCAACGAAGAAAUGGGAACGCUAUACCAUCCAUGGCGACUAGUUCAAGCUAGUUACCAGAUCUCCAUCUUCUGCAUUUUUGUUUUUAAAAUUUUUAUAUCCAGUCAUAUGAUCUAAGCAAAUAUUACAUCAGUAUACAAGCAAAGUAUGUUAAUGACAACCUUGUAGAUUUGAUGCUUUGAAAACUAUAUGGAUAAAAGGGGGUUAUGUGUGCGGAUUUAGACAGCAAAUCCGAUGACAUCUGGAUAUCUUAUCUUGUGCAGUGUUUAUUUUUGUUGGAACAACAAAGGUUGUGUCUAUGACAGCUUAUGGUUAUUUGGAGCAUAGAAUUCAAAUCUUGAACA